UACGCGGAUUCGCAAGAGGGUUGGGGGAGGAGUCCGGCGACUGCUUUCUGGCUGUACUCGCGGCGCGUUGAAGGUGCAGAACGAGGAGAAGGAGAAGGAGAAGUAGACAAAAGUUCCUUGUUUGAGAGCAUAACCAAAAUAAAUGUAAUGUCUUGGGAGAUCCUUCACAUACCGGGGAAGCCUCCUUCCUCCCUCGAACACUCUACAGUCAAUGUAGUGGCUGCAACAAUCGAGCCAAAACUUGCCAAUACACUUGUGAGGCAGUUGAAUCAGAUAUGCCUGCUCGAGGAUCUUCGCCAUGUGAAGCGAGUGCGGAGGAUUAACUCCGAAGGGAAAGUUGAGUUAUCGGUUAUCUUAUGUAUUUCCCGAGAAAAUGAAAAUGUUUUGGAGGUCAUACCGAGUGAAGUACUUGAGGUUGUAAACACCUAUCAAUUAAGACCUUUCAUUGCGAAAGUUGCCAAGUAUGCUGCUAUGUCAAAAGAAGAAUGGGAAGAACAAUGCAAGCUUUGGCCAACAUCAUACCAUCCACCAAACAAUCUAGAUGGAGUUUCUGGAUUUAGUGUGGAGGAGUCACAAUCUAUCUGCAAUUACAUGAAGAUUGCUAUUCAACUGACAAGGUUGAGCAAUCCUGGUGAUAAGGUUGUAAAUGCUGCUGUUAUAGUUGACUCAUUGAGUAGUGAAAUUAUAGCCAAGGCUACUGAUCAAACUGGCGUACCUCCUACAUCCUUGCUUAAAAUCUGCUCAAAUCAUCUAACUGUUGCCGGAGAAGCACAUUCGGCUUGUUCGAUGGCUGAGGAAAAUGGAUUAGCAAAACAAGAAGUGCUUUGCCCUCCAAGGAACUGGCUUUCUCAUUGCACUCAUUCAUUGAAGGGAGUUGCUUGUCUUAAUCCUCGAGGUUGGAUUGAACAGAGGCCAUACGAUCAAAAAUUGGUGAACUAUGGGAGCAACUUUUCGUGGCAUCCCUUGAGACAUGCUACUCUAGUUGCGAUUGAAAAUGCUGCAGCAAGGGAUAGGAAGCUAUUUCCUAAUUUAGGUUCUUUGGUGAGUAACAGAGACUUAAAUGGUGGUUUGGAGAAUGAUUCUAAUAAUGGUCCAGCAAAACGACUAAAGACAGACAAGUUAGAAGAUAGGGACAGGUUGGGAGAGGAAGCUUGUAGCAGUGAUUCUUCCUCUGAAGCAAUGCGGCCUUAUCUAUGCACUGGCUUUGAUAUUUACCUUGUUUGGGAGCCAUGUACAAUGUGUGCCAUGGCCCUUGUUCACCAAAGGAUCCGGCGCGUCUUCUACGCCUUCCCGAAUACGAAUGGCGGCGCAUUGGCCAGUGUCCACAGACUACAUGGAGAGAGAAGCUUGAAUCACCAUUACUCAGUUUUCAGGAUUUUGAUACCUGAAAAUGCUCUUCAUGAGUUAUGUUUUAAUGAACCGUGUAAUAACUCCUCGCCACAACAACAAAUGUGAGCACCCAAAAUUCCUCUUUGGGUUGUAUUCUUUUCACUUAUAAUUCAUCUCCAGCAAUCUAAUGUGUAUAACUAUUUAGAUGUUCCUUAAUAACUAAUUGCUUAUUUUACUGAGAGUAUGUUUCUUCCUUAUUUGAUAA